AUGGCUCUGCGCCCCCCUUGGGGGCGGGCCCCACACUUUGGGAACCCCUGUAAUGAUGUAAGAUUUGAUUAAGCACAUAACUUUACUGAUAUAGCCUUAAACUAGAGAAGCAGCUAAAAGUGCCCAAGGAAGAAGGAGAGUUCAGUUAACUAAAUGAAGUUUACAUCAAGUGAGUGGACCUUUAUUUUGAACAAAGACUGUGUGUGUGUGUGUGUGUGUGUGUGUGUGUGUGUGUGUGUGAGAUUGUUGGGUGUUGUCAAGGAGAUGACUGGACACGAGAGGAGAAGGUCCAACUCGAAUAACAAAGUGACAGAAGAGAGGAGCACACCGCUAAACAGACAAUCACACUUUCGCAUGCUGCACUUUCUAUUUUGGACAAAUGUGACAAAUUUACGUUAAAGUGACUCUGUUAACCUGUGAACUGACUGAACCCUACUCUGCUUUUCGCAUUCGUAUCCCAGUUUGGAUAAUGGAGAGCUGCAAUCAGCGGGUGUUCACGCUGCUGCUCCUGCUGCGCUGCUUCAUGAGCCUCUCCACCUCAGCCAUCGACACCGUGAAUGUGGUAGAUUUCUGUGGCCAGACAAUCCAAGGUGACGGUAUGAUCAUCAACUCACACCAGGAAUCCAAGAAAUACUACUUUGUGAUCAUGGGGACUGAUUGCCACCUGACAAUGCAGGCCAGCUCUCCCAAAGACAAGGUCCAGUUCUAUUUCCGCUUCUUCCUGGUUUACAGCUUGCUUAGAGUGGCCCCCCUGAGUCCUGCACCUGUCUUGCCAGAGUCUCCGUCCCCCCACGGUUCUGCCCCUCUCAGCCCCAGAUUGCAGUCUACCUCUGGCGAAAACUCAGAAGAUCCGUGUCAUGCCGGCUCUUACGUUCAGUUCUAUGAUGGUCGGGACAGAAGCUCGCCUCCCUUGGGGCCUCCUCUCUGUGGGAAGAGCCCACCCCGACCAGUGCUGUCCACAGGAAACUACCUGACCCUGAGGCUGGUGACCAGGGGGACUCAGCCUCGAGUUGACUUUGUGGGGGACUUCACCUCCUUCAGACUGGGUUUUAACCAAUCAGAUUGCAGCAAUGAGCCUUACUUCACUUGCAGGAAUGGAAAGUGCAUCCCUCUGAGUUUGGUGUGUGAUGAAAAAGGCAUUGAUAACUGUGGGGAUGGAAGUGACCUGGAGGAAAACCUCACCACAGGCUGCAAAGGAGGUCAACUUUUACCUCCUGAACCUUCACCAGCAAUUGCAACCUCUCCUCAUCCCUUUCUGAGUCCACCCACUGUGCCCUUCCUGACACGUACGAACUGUGGAGCACCGAUUGGUCCUCCCAGUCCUGAGUCGGUAGCAGACUCUCCUGCCUCCUUGUCCCUGUUGGUUCUCUACAUCAUCAUGGGCAUGGUGACAGGUGGCAUAGUGCUCUGCUGGUGCUUCUGGUCACCUGGCUGCUUCAUGUGGAGAAUUAGCGCCUGUCGCUUCUUACCCUGCUGCAACUCAGCCUGUGCUUCAUGCCAGUUAUGCACUCACAGCUGUAUCCGCAACAAGGACCACCGACCGGGAAAAGUCACUCCACACACACAUGCCAGUGGGACACCGAUGGGGACCGCGGUGGUUACUACAGCAGGUGUGUAAAGCAGCAGGACUGUCCAGCAGAUCCUGUUUGGUACACAGAGAUAUGGCAUGAACAUGAAUCAUGAAUACUGGGUGGUGUGUGGCAAUGUGGAGCAGUGUGAGACUCUGGCAUGGACAGAUCUGAUGGAGUCGAUUAAAUGCAUAAACUGUGGUUUGUGUUUUAAAUGUAAUUACACAGGUGGUGUUGUUUAUGUUACUAUGAGAAGAUAAGGCAGGAUAGAUUUUGUAUCUGCAAUUUAGUAUGAAAGUAUGUGAUCAGUGUUUAGUUAUAUACAUGCUAUUUUCACUCUGUCUUUGAAGUAACUGUUUAGUCAUGCUGUGAAAACGUCGUGUCCACAAAGUAUGCUGAGGUCAUAUACUGAAGAAACAGCAGUGGAGUCGCCCACCUGGUGACAACACCUGUUGGUCCCUUUGAGAAAUUCACUUUUCACUCUCCAUGCUGACAUAUUCAAUUCAAUUCAAUUCAAUUUUAUUUAUAUAGCGCCAAAUCACAACAAAAGUCGCCUCAAGGCGCUUUAUAUUUUACAUACUGUGGGGGGACAUAACUAAUCCAUCCCCUGGUGAAUUUGUAAUGUUUCUCAGUUCCAAAGAAUUGAACAGUCUCUAAUAAAAUCCAGAAAACCACAUAACAAAUGUUAUAAAUUGAUUUGGAUUUCAUUAAGUGGAAUUCGUGGUGAACCCGUCCAAUGCAGCCAGAAUACUGGUUCCCACAGACUGGCUGUGUGCCCAUGUACCACACAGAUCCUAAUCAGUCAGUGAAUCAAUCAAUCAGAGACUGCUAAUUCUACUCAUUAUUUGUAUAAAGCACCCCUGUCUGCAGAACCAGUUCCUUCAUUCCGACCUAUCCACUACAAAGGGUAAGACCAAAUAGCUGAUAAAGGAUGUGAGGGACAUGAUUGUAGACCUGCACAAGGCUGGAAUGGCCUAUAAAACCAUUAGCAAGUACUAAGUCCUGUUUUUCUUGGGAAUCAAAUAAGGAAAAUUGUGUUUGUUCAGUUAGUUCUUUAAAGUAACAAUGCCUCUUGGCAAUUAAUCUAACACCUCUAAAAGUAUGUAUGAUGCCACAUUUUUAAGGAAACAACAUUUGUAUUUGUGUUGUCUCUUUAUUUUGAACAUGUUAAAUCAGUAUAACAACAACAGAAAAAAAGAGACAAACAAACAAAGCAAAACAAAACAAUAAUAAUUAUAAAUAACUGACAUGUUCAAAAAGCAGCAGGAAGAAGUGUAAGCUUAUUUAAUCCCUCCCCCUCUCCCCCCCGUUAGUAACUAAUAGGCUACACCUUUUCUCCCUGUCCAUUGUAAAUUUUUCCUUACAAUUUGUUACAUGUAUUUGCUUUUAUAACUGCAGUAACACAUCAAAAGCCUUUUACAUUUACAGAUAUAUAUACUUAUGUAAACAUCCGUGUGCACCCACACACACAUAUAUAUACACAUCCCUGUUGCGAAACUAAUGGCGGAGAACACCCAAUCACAGCCUUUCCUCCUCCCUGCACUUUGCAAAAACCAUAGUUUUGAACCUCUUUUUAAACUGAGUCAUGCUUCAGUUCUUCACUUAGUCUGUUCCACAGCUUCAGUCCACACACAGAGAUGCAAAUGCCUUUUAGUGUUGUAUGAACAUAGGGAUGUUUUACAUUUAUUUCCCCCCUCUAACUGUAUCCCUCUUCCCUUUUAGAAAACAAUGAGAAUAUUGUCAGGAAGUGGGUUAUUUAUUGCUUUAUAUGUAAUUUGUACAAUAACCAGUAUUGUGGAUUAUCCUCAUGGCCCUUUUUGCAAAAUGAAUAUUGAUGAUAGCAAACAUUUAUAAGCACCAAACCUCUGUUUUCUCUGCCAAUACCAAACAGCUUAUUCUGCUGGUGACUCUUAUUUGGUCUUUUUUUAUUGGACUGGAUGGUUGAAGUUUGAAAAGAAAAAAAGACACACUGGCAGUUUAACACUUUAUUUAUUUAAUAAAACAAGGAGCUCGGUACUAUGUAGAAGAACCACAUUCAGCCAUAACAGCCAGGGACCUCCUACUCGUGCUGGUCACCAACUUGCCACACACUGCUGUGGGGUGGCCUCCCAUUCUUCAGCCAGCAUUUGUCGCAAGUCAGCCAUUGUGGUUUUGUUGCUCACUGUGGCAUGAACAGCACGCCCAAGUGAUCCCAAAAGUGGUCAGUGGGGUCAGGUAGGCAGCCCAUUCCAUCUUCUCCACUCUCAAAUUCUGGAAGUAAUCUGUGGUAAACCCCACUCUGUCAUUUUAGAGAAUGGAGUUGGGUUCCAAACUAUGGAGAUAUGGGAUUGCCACUGGUCCAGACUGUCAUCUCGAUCUUUUUGUAUUGAGUUUGCGUCCAAUGAUGACAGGUCUUGUUUUUCCAGUGAGUGAAAUGUCAAAGCUGAUGGGAACUACUGUGGCCUCAGAGCAAUAAGGUUCUGGGUUCAAAACUAUCUGGCUGGGAUCUUUUUUUUGGAGUUUCCUCGCCAUGUGUGCUGACCAGGCGUUUUGGCUCCCACAGUCCAAAGAUAUGCAAUUAGUGGCAUUAGGUUAAUGGGUGAAUCUAACUUGCCUAUAGGUGUGCAUGUGAGUGUGACUGUUUCUCUGUGUUAGCCCAGUUAUCUUGCCCGGCAGAAUCUACACUCAUCAUUGAACAUAAUGUUCCUCCAUAUGUUCAGGUUCCAGUGCAAAUGCCCCUGACAGUGAAGGGCAGUCACGGCAGGCCUCCAGCAGCCCUAUGACACUGGAGAAUGGCUCUGUGCAGUCUGUUCAGGAUUGUCUGGGUAGAGAGCCAUCGGCCACAUCAUCUCGCAAGCCUUGAUUAUCAAUUUGAAGACUGCCUAUGGUGCUGAUAGGUGUGAAAAUGGGAUUCUUAUGUUGUUGUCUUCUUGGGACACCUGCUUCACAGCCUGUCUCUGACAUCCCCCAUUAUAUGGAAGUUGACCUUCAUUUUGGAGAUGGUUCUAGGGAUCAUUCCAAAUAAUGCUGCAACUUGGUUUUGUGGAACACCAGCUUGAACUUGCCCAAUGGCAGGGCCCUAUCCAGUCAAAGAUGGGAUGCUCGGACAGACACCAGCUGACCACUUUAGCAGGGUUCAUGUUCGAAUGCUGCAGGCACCAAUCAGCCACUUGACUGUCAGCACCUGGGAUACCAGCAGCUCAAAACAAGGCUCAAUAGCAGAAUAGGUUGUUUGGGAUUGACAGGGAAGAUUUGUAAGUUUUGCAUGAGUGUAACCUACAUACUCAACUCUGCUGCUGCUCAAAACAUAAAUGCAUUUUCCUUACAAAUGUGGCACCUUUUAAGGGAAAAGGAGCUUUUCCCAGAUUUAUUGCAAAUAAACGUUGUUCAAAUUGUUUUCCAUAGUAGUCUUAGACUAGGAUGGCUGUUUUGCUGGUCCAGUUUGCUGGUCCAGUACUUUGACCUGAAUGCAUUAUCUCAAGAAUUAUUUAUGGUUUCCCAAAGAAGAUUGAUGUAGAUGAAAGUGACUGACUGGUUGAUCUAUCAGCACACAUCAGGUUCACAGAUGUCUCACUGGAUGGAUAUACUGGAUUAUAUUUGUGCAUUCAUGAAUAAUUUGGUGAUCAUCUCAAUAUCACAAGAUAAAAACUAUAGUGUGAUUGUCAUGCCACUUAGCAUAUACUAGCGUGGUAAUAUCUGCAGAGGCUGUCUGAAACAUGAAUUUAACAAAUUCAAUUGAAGCAGAACACAAAAAGUAAAACUAGGCAUGUGGGAUCCGGUAUCAGGGCAGUCUUCAUUCAGUGACAAGGGUGCACUCUAUGGAUGUUCAGUUUUAUUCUGUGUUGUGCUGUGUUUUCUGCAUUAUGUAAUAGAUACAGCUAGCAGCACAGCUAGUAUAACAAGCAGUUUGUAAAUAUUUAACUUGUACUUGUUCUGCUUUUUCUGUACGUUUGUUUUUACUUAAUCACAAACUAUGAUUAAGUGACCUUGACCAGAUGAUGUUUUGGCCUUUCUCUCUCUGACUUGCUUGUCUACCUUCGUCUUGAUGUUUAAAACAUUAUAUAAAGUAGAGGCUAGAAGGACUUUGUUUGGUCUAAAACUUACAGGGAAGAAUUUAUUAUUCUUUUGCUAAUAAAAGAUGUU